AUGGUAAAACACGAACAGAUCUCAUCGGCAGUACGUGGAAACGGGUUCGAGUUGUCGAUUUCAGUAUGUUCAAUUAUUUCAACUUCUGGUUUAUAUUUAGUUUACGCUGGGGUAGGUUAAUGGAAAGUGGUAGUUUAAAAAUGUGUCAGAUUGUUUGUAGUCAGGAAAAUGCGCUGGGUGCUGUGGGGUUUCAGUUCGCAGACUACCUCACUCUCUCAUUCUCCUCUCGACAGCCAAUCCACUGUCUGAGCAACUCAGUCAGCUGAUGCGGCGAUUGGACGCAGUGUCUAAUAGAGUUAGACAGCUCGUCUGGGCGUGCCACGCACACAUGCGACCUUGUAUCCACGCAGCGCGCCAUAAUUUCACUCUCUGUGCAUGCGUGGUGGAACUGUGAACAGGACAGUUUGGUAGCUGCUGUUGGCUUCACCACCACAAAUAAAAAUGCCGCACCGUCAGUCCACUAACUACAAUUCCACCCUGUCCUUACUGCCACCGUGCAUCAGCAUCACACAUCUACCUGGUUGACCAGUUUUGAGUUCAUCGCACGGAGACUGACGCGCCAGUGCCGGGAGCCCCAAUACACACCCGUCUCAAUUAUUUCACCUGCCAACACCUCCCAAGGACAUUCUAUCAUCAUAUGGGCCCGUUUCCCGAAUGCGUCUUCAUAAAAACCUGUGGUAUAACACCACGGAUCUUGCGUUAUCACCACGCCUCGUCUCACCGGGCUAUACACCACGCACGAAACCACCUCACAACUCUCGGCCUCGUGGUCUGCACUGUAUGUAUAUGUGGAGUGACUGGCUGGCUCAAUGUCUCCUUUAUAAAUGCACUGUCUCCCGCUCCUAUUGUCCUGACAUGCCGCGUGCGCGUGACAAGCUAACAGUCAAGGUCACGGACGUAUAUUCAAAACUAUCUGCCGAUUGGCCACUCUCCGGCCUAUGACAUUUCCCCAUGCCCUAUAACUCGCCGUGUCUCAUAAGACCUUGCCCUCAUGCUUUCUGCCGCGCUCAGUCCACGUCCUGCCUAAAACUAGACUUCUAUUUAACAUGACAGUUCGACCGUUGGCUUCGACUAUGUCGACCGUGUGUUCCACAGCAAGGUGAGGCAGGCACGGUGACUUUCGCAUGAAGUAGUUUAUGGCUAUAGUAGACUUUCACAACAUCUACCACAUUCUCUCCUCCUGCCCCACGUGGGCCCAGCGUCAAAACAUAAUCAAGAAGACCGGAAGUGAGGGAGGACGCAGGUGGGUGGCGCUGCCGGACCCGCAAUUAGGCGUACCACUACACCCCCUCGUCCACCGCGUACAAGUGACCGGGAUUUUGCACAUAAAUACGUACAUAACAGUACUGUGGUCUCAUUGCCACUUCCACGAGCGUGAAAUCCUAGCCGCCGUCUAUUCUGUGGAUACCCGGUACAUUGUGCGGGAGCCAGAUCCUGUGUGGCACAUGCGGGCGGGCUGUCAGCCGCUGCACUCGCCUCCGCCUCGCGUUCAAGUCGCCGGUGCUGCGCCCACUCCGUUGGACACGCGGUGGGCGUCGAGGUUAGCGACUUCCAGAUUCUCACAAAUAAAAUGUAAGACUUCGCCAUGGGCGUUACUCACUGCUUGUUUGAAUCCACUCGGAAAAGUAGUGCUAGUUGGACGAGGAGCCUUAACUUCAAAAGCAGCCACCACUCACCUGCAGCUCUCCGCCUUCGAUGGAGUGAGCAACUGGUGUUUCUCGAGGGGACGGCAAUCAAAAUACGAUGACCGAACAAAAUAUUUCUUUUAUGACUUUCCGUAUCGGUUGCUCUUGAUGCUGUUGACUGAUAAUAUCUCUUAAGAAGUCAAGUUCGGCAAACUUGCGUUUUUGUUUAUUCACUAUCAAGCCUGUACAGUAAUGUAAGGGAGGGUAGACUAGCAAAAGUUUCAACAGUGAGUAUAGGGAGGGGGAGAGUUGAGGGCGUUCAGAGGUCAGGAGGUAUAGUCCAGUUCUGUCAGCGGCUUAAGAGGGGAAGGUAUCUAACGAUUAGCUAUGUCUCCGUUUCUUCACUGUAACGCGACAUGGUGGGUGUAAACACACAUACUGCGUUUAUCUCUGCCUAGGGGAACCUUAGGACCAGUAAAAACGCCUUAUACAAGCAAAGGGUUGGAUUAGAUAACCGUAUGGCCACUGCCUCUGCCCUCGCACGUACCCGCUGGCGCAGGGGCUUGGAGUGUCCCGCUGCCGCUUUACACAUUACUCGGGAUGCUUGGUUGGCGUCUACCCGGCGGCCUCUGUCAGUCAAGUGAGCCAUAAUGGCGCUAGAGGCUGACUUUUCUACAGCUUCGUGCUCUCGCAUCCGCCUGGAUAGGCACCUACUUGUUCGACUAGCAUGACCUGGUCCACAGGAGCAAGUGAAGACAUAUAUGCGCAUUUAAGAGGUCUGAAAAAGCAGUCUAUCACUGUCUUCAAGGCCAAGGAGUAGAGUGCUUGAGGAAACUAGUGUCACUUAAACGGCUGUGUGGGUGCGCGUGGUAGCAGAGUUUAGUCGGCAGUGUAGAGAUUCGCUCGCCAGAACCCCUGGAAAUGGCAGUGUGAGAAAUAACUCCUUCUUCUCAACCGUCGACACAUCCGAUUGUGGAAAACAUUCUCAGAUGAACUUUUCGGGAAGGGCGGUUUCUCGCCGUGUUCUGCAUAAGGGCGAUUUUGUUCUUCAGCGUAUCUGGAGUACAUAUUCACCUAGCUCGGUUGGUAGGAAGGCACACUAAUCUUCGUUUCUGACUUAGCGGGAAGAAUCUGUAGAAAUUUGUAUAUUGUCCUGCCUACUUUUUUUCUUAGGAAAUAUAUUUUUCCAGUAGUUCCAUCAGGCGUUCUACUAAGUAGGACGCCCAGAAAAGCGAGACACUCUCCAUCCCUUUUCCAAAGUGAGGGCUAACACUAAGUACACCUGAUUCACUAUCCAAGAGGAUUCUCAGAUCAAGCUUUUCAUGCGCUAUUGUAAAAAUGGCAUGAACAUGUCCAGCAUAGGAAGAAAGGUCGUUUCUAACUGGACAGGGCUGAUUUUUCUCCACUUUCCCUUAUGAAGGCAUGAGCUAGUAGAGGUUCAAGGGGUGGUCCUGUCUCUAGGCCACCCAUCUGGCGGUAAAAUCGGCCAUUGAAUCUGAGUCUAAUAUCGGCCGCAUCGGGAAAUCUGGUUUGUGAAUCUUUGGGAAACCAUGUAGCCUUGAGAGGUAUUUUGCCUGUGGGUUUAAGAGCCCCGAACUCCUUAUCAAUAAGGCAACCUUGGUAUUUCAGUUUGCGAAGACAUUUUAGGAGUUGGAAAUCAAUGCUCUCAGUUUGAUCCUUAUUUUGCCUCCCUGUCAUCGGUCGGGAUUGAUUCGAUUUUUAAAACGUAACCACUAUCAUUUAUCAGAGCGCGACCAGAAUCUCUGUCGAGUUUAACGACGAGUAGUUUCUUGUCUUGACAUAAUUAUGCCUACAUUUUGACAGAUUGUCGAGGGGACUUCUAACCAGUUUCCACGUUCUUCUUAACCAUUCUGAUAUUUUUCCCACCAUGUCCUGUUGACGGAUCAGUCGAACAGGGUAAUCACGUGUGGCCCGUCUAGGUGGCUGCGGACAACAAUAAUGGGUUCCUGGCAAAGCCGCUUUUUGCAUUCAAGUUGUCCUUCGCGCAGUUUUUUGAUAGUAGGCAUUCCAAAAUUAUUGCAAAACAACUCAAGGGGCUCUUUACCUAAAGAAGUUGUAAAGACAAUGUUCCGACAGGGCAACGGGCUCGUGGUCCUGUGAGUAGAGGCGUUGACUUCUAAACCAAUAGGUCGCGAGUUCGAGGCUCGGGUGUUCCACACUUCGGGCUUGGGUAUGGCUGGCUGACGAUGGCUAAUAAGCCAGAAAUGGCCAUUCCAGUCUCCCUUGUCUUUGUCGGUAAUGCCAUUCUGCCUACAAUGUUCCGUGCUUGUUUUCAAAUGAUUCAAGUACUUUUCCCCUAUAACAAUAAAGGCUGGACUUCCUGCGCUCACUUCAUCCCAACCAUCGUCGAGCAGGGGAUUUUAGUACCUUUCUACGACUUCUGGGACUAGCAUCCUUUUCUGUACCUAAUAAGACUACAAAAUCCGUACCUGCUGCAAAUGUGUUAACCCAACUGCCGGACUACGCCAUAUCGAUUGCCAUUUCCGUUACUUAUUCACAUAUUUCAUGUCCAACAGGCACUUUAUCAAUCAUGUGCAGUCGCCCUAAGUAGUUUUAAGUGGAGCUUACAGACGAACCAACGUGAUAUUGCUGCAGGCAAAAACACUUUCCUGUGGGCGCAUUCGAAGAAACGUUCGUGCCGCAUAUCGGUAGUGGGCAUUCUCAAGGAGUAAGAAACGAGAGUCAGUUGGUAAAAUGUUAUGUCUUGAAUUUAUUCCAAAAGUCCUUCCUUCACAGCGGGCCUUGUGAGUUGACCUCUCGCACCAGUUUCUCCCAGACUACUGUCGUCAAAAAAUGAGGGAGUCGUCCUGACGUCUGGGUCUUUAAGCACUCUCCACCGUUCCAAGCCACCUUUAUUACAAAGGUCACCUAGUAAUAGCUACUUAAACCCUAUAGAGCACAAACAUCGGAUUAGUGCCAACAAAUACAUGGGAUGAAUGAAUGGCCAGUUCCGGUCUAUUCGCCGUUGAUAACAUCUAACUCCUUGCAUAUCCUACCUGAUGAUGCUUUAUUUUUGGUCGGACAACUCGUCGGUGAAUCCUGGUUUCCUUUUUGACUGGUCUACUUGCUUUAUCCGUGCUAAGCUGCUGACGUGAAGCUAACUGAUGGUUUUGAAAAUGAAGUGCGGACGUCCGAACGAAAACAUGAAGGCCCAUACCAUUGGGCCGGUCUUGCCCGAACUUUGAAGUUCAUGGAGGCUGAGGGUGUGCGAUUUCGAAAUUUGUCCUUGCACUUCUCAAGCCUAUCAGUACGAUAUUAUGAACCAUCAGGCAUAACUACUGGUAAAAAGAAGCUCAUUUUCGAAUGAGAAGACGCUGUCUGCAUUGAAGGACUGCCCAUGGCCAUGGGUUGGGAAAGUAAUUCUGACAAAGUUAAAGGUCUAACUGCAUAUUUGACAGCACUUUGUGGCAGAAUACGUUUCUAGCUUCAGAUGUCUAAUUGGCUUGGAUUUUCAGCAUAACCAGGCAAAAGCCGCGUCUCAGAGAGAUUUCUGAUCGUGCAAUUUUUUCGUUCCUCAUAGUCUGUCUCCAGAAAUGCCAUGAUUUUUAACAUGAGGGUGUAUACCGAUUUUCUGUUGAGCUACAAGGUAAAGUUGAAAAUUUUCCGACUUUGCGAGCGUGCACAUGACACUAUUUGCUUAUGGCGACUUGAAGAUGUUUUGGUCGGCACUUUUCGGAAGUGCUUUCUCUCGUGUCCUGCUCAUAACAUUCUCAAUAAUAAACUGAGACGACGCCUUGUGUCAGUUCACGUCCUUGUGUCCUUCAGGCAUAUUCUGCCUUCAUUCAGCCGAUCAUAAUCCUGACCAGCAGCCGUAACCAGAAGCACAAACAUGCGCUCGUACACGGCUUAUUAGGUCGCCUGCGUAUUCACGAAAACGGGCGGUAGACAACUGCCGGCCACAUCACAUAUCCCCCAACAACAAUCGCAUCGCACAACAAUAUCACCACUGCAAGCCCUCGAUUGCUACGCCACACGCAAGUGUGCUUCUCGACGCCAUCUGCAUGCUGCUCCUCUGCUGCAUGUGUGAUCCGAGCCUGAGACUAUCACGGUGCGCCAAACGCCGUGGCUUGGGAGACUGACGCCUCAAUUCGGUCCGCGCAGUCUGCCCAGUUGUGUGAGCGUUAGUGUAGAAUGGUAAACUGGUGGGCUGAAAGCAAGGCUGUCACGGCUCCUUUUUAAAGUGACCUCUAGCACUCUCAUGCAUGUGAGGAGUGUGUGUUACUUAAUGGGUAGUGCUUUUCAGUCCUGACUGACUGGUUACGCAGCCUUUGAAGGAUGAUAGCUCAGGUAAAUUCAGGGCUGUCUCACUCCUCUGGGUCCCAAGGUUUGUGAGCGUUUGCUAUGCCAGUACCAGCAAACCAUGGCCCUCGCAGUCUGGUGUGCGCCGGCAGUUUUCCGGCGCCUGGUUCUCUGGCGGUAGAUGCGCUUGCGCCCCCGUUGGGUCUACAGGCCGUGUGCGUGACUGCCCAGUCAUCCACGCCCUUUCUGUUGUAGUUGUUAUCGGUCAAAAUCCUGGUCACGUACUUGUUGUGAACCAGGGAGUGCGAGUAGAGCGCAAAGAUGCAGGUUCGGCCGCGCCAUCCACCUGCUCCCUCCCCACUUCCGGUUUUCUUAACUCGGUCUGGACACGGGGUCCAGUUCCAAAGGGGAGUGCAGUAGGUGCUACGCAAGCCCACUCUCAUUAUAAACUAAUUCACACGCAAUUCACCGUGCUUGCUCAACCUUCCUGUAGACCACACGGUGGUCAUCGUCGGCAACGACGGUCGAACUAUCAUCGCACGGUGCAGAUUGUCCAUUGGCGGGGUCUAGCAAAUUUGUCAUGAGCACUUUGUCGAACCGAAGUUUACCCAUGUCUCUCCGCUUGUCAUUAUCUGCCGCUGCAGAUUUAUUAUAACUUCGGCCUGGUAUUUCAUAACCUGUUUAUGAUCUCUGCCACCCAUACGGAGCUUGUUUGCUUCAGUGUGCCUGAACAGCUAACUUCGUUCAAGCGUUGGGGUCGCGGAUCGUAUACUGCCCGAUCGUUAGCCUGAACUUCAUGUGCGUGCGGCCUAGGUUGAUUGGGUUCUCCGGCUUAAUCAUGACUACCUUGCUGACCUUAUCUCUCUGAGUUCUGGUUCUGGAAUGCAUUACUGUAGGAUACUGCAGCUUGCGUGACAUCCUACAAUCGUCCUUUUUAGAAUUGAUACUUAAUUCCUCAAUUAAAUGUCGAGCCUAUUUUACUCUGAGUAGCUAUCAAUUUGUGUCGUAUCUAGGUUUUUAUUGAGACUUUUUCCCUUCCCAGACUUCUCAUAUCGUCGUCACUUGCUCCGAUUUAUUUAUUCCGGGCGUUGGCGUCGGACGUCUUCGAUCUACGAAGCAACGCGGUAAAGAUUCUAAUUUCAAAAUGAUCCCCAAAAAACUAUUUCUAGAUAUAGACGGAGCCGUAGCAGUGCCAUCUAACAUCACCAUCACAAGGCCAGGAAAACCUCUCUAG